UGUCCGGUAGGGGGCGAUAUCGAGUGUAGAGGAGAGCAGAACUCGGUCUGUAAACUACAGACUGGAAACAUGUCCUCCUCACUAGUUUAUAGAUGAUUGGGGGAGAUUUGUAUUAUUUAUUAUGAGAAGAAAUGUAAUAAAACUGUUGGAGGAGAGAUGGAAAUCUUACAGACACAGAUUCGUCCCCUGGAUGCUUUUAAAUCUCCGGAAGAAUGAGAGAACUCUUCGCCAAGUUGCAGAUCGCACCAAAGACAAGCCUAUAGAAGAUGGCGAGGUGUUCAGGACCCUCACACGCCUCUUCACUGCACUGCUGAGAAACGACUGGAGGAACCAGACUGAGCAGCUCCGCCUCCUUCCAGCUGUAUCUCAGGAUAAAUACCUCAGUACACAGAAUAACCGGACCGGGACUGAGAGAGCAGACCCCUGCACCGUGAUGCUGCACACAGUGGGCUUCUGUAUAGAGAGGAGACCCAGCUCGCUCCCGUCGGCCGGGACGGGGGUCUUCGUUACAGGAGGGCGGGUGCCUAAAGGUGUAACUGUGGCCAUGUAUCCAGGAACCGUCUACCAGGCAGGCGAGCCGAUUCUCAUCCAGUCUAUUAAAAACCCAUUCGUAUUCCGAUGCAUUGAUGUUAUUUUGAUAGACGGCAAUGAUAAAGGAGUCUCCAAGCUGGUGUUUCGGUCGUGCAGUGGGCGGGAAAGGUUUGGUCCAUUCAGAUUGAGUGACAGCUCAUGGCUAACGGCUCACCCAGAGAACCCGCUAGCUGUGGGGCAAUAUGUCAAUAACUGCUCCAAUGGUUUCAUGGCUAAAUUGGAGCAGCCUGGUGGCCAAUCUUCAUUAAUUGCACAUUGCACCAGUAAGAGCAGAGUGUGAAGAUUCAGUUAGCAGGGUAAGAGCACAGUUCUGCUCUAAAUACUGCAAUGCUCACAACAUUAUGGGAGACACACCAGAGUUCAAAAGAGGACAAAUUGUUGGUGCACGUCUUGCUGGAGCAUCUGUGACCAAGACAGCAAGUCUUUGUGAUGCGUCAAGAGCCACGGUAUCCAGGGUAAUGUCAGCAUACCACCAAGAAGGACCAACCACAUCCAACAGGAUUAACUGUGGACGCUGUAAGAGGAAGCUGUCUGAAAGGGAUGUUCGGGUGCUAACCCGGAUUGUAUCCAAAAAACAUAAAACCACGGCUGAUCAAAUCACACAGAAUUCAAUGUGCACCUCAACUCUCCUGUUUCCACCAGAACUUUCCAUCAAUACAGACAAUAAAUUAUUGUGCUCUAAAACCAGGUGUUUCAGUUUCAUUGUAGUAUGAAUUAAUAUUUUUGAAUAUUUUGAAUAAUCAGUGAAAUUCCUUUUUAAUUUAUAUGAAAGGAUCUUUUUUUGGUC